AUGACUGAACAGAUCAGAAAGAUAGAGCUGAUUGUGACUGCUAGAGAGCAAGACGAAGGAGUUGGUGCAAGAGUUAGGCGUUCUAUUGGAACCCAGGCCAGAAGGAACUUUUAUCCCUUUUUGCUAUUUGACCAUUUUAGUGGUAACAAUGCCAAUGGGUUCCCCGAACAUCCUCAUAGAGGUCAAGAGACUAUUACACUUAUGAUCAAUGGUGCAAUGGCUCAUGAAGAUUUCACUGGAUCCAAAGGAGUUUUAUAUUCUGGAGAUUUACAAUUCAUGACUGCUGGGAAAGGGGUAGUACAUUCUGAAAUGCCACUUCCUGCCGCAGAUGGCAGUGCCAACGAAGGAUUGCAAUUGUGGGUUGAUUUGCCCAACAAUUUGAAGAACUCUGAACCUCGUUAUAGAGAUUUAAGAGAAUGGGAGAUCCCGCAGUUGGUUGAGGAUGAUGGGAAAGUCAUUGUUAAGUUAAUCAGUGGGAAAUCUCAUGGUGUUGAAAGUGUUAAAGAUUUGGCGUAUACUCCAGUGGAUUAUUAUCAAUAUACUGUGAAGAAGGGUGGUUCAUUUAAGCAAGAACUUCGUAAAGAUUUCAAUUAUUUCCUUUAUGUGUUACAAGGUGACGGGUUAAAGGUUAAUGGUGAUAGAAAUGUCAAGCAAUUUCAAAAUGCAUUUUUUGUCAAACAAGGUGACUAUUUCACUGGAGAGAAUAAUGAUGAUAAGGAUGUUGUAUUCGCAUUAAUUGGUGGUAAAAUUGAAGAUCAAGAAGUCAUUCAAUAUGGCCCAUUUGUAUGUUCUUCCCGUGAAGGAGUCGAGCAAGCCUUUGACGAUUAUCAGUCUAUGAAGAAUGGAUUUGAAAACUUGAGAACAUGGAAAACUCUCAUUAGCCAUGGAGUAACCCAGGAAAUGGUGGAUGGUCCUUUGGAUGGUUCACUUGAGAAGCGUGCUCAACAAAAGGAAGAGUAUUUGAGAACCCACAAAGUUAUCAACAAAGUAUAG